ACGUGCACACAUUUCCAUUUGCUCUCAUCUCUCUCUUUGGCGCUUCCCUCACUUCAGACAUGGAAAUUCCUUGGUGAAUUUUUCCCUCUAAAAAAUCCCCGCCUCUGCCGUAAACCCCAGAGCGCAUAUUCCACUUAUCAAUUUUGAAUCUCCACGCUUCUCUCCUCCACAAACUCUUCACUUUUUACCCCCAAUAACUAAAAACCCCCAAUUUUCGAAAUCCUAGGGUUUUCGUUCCCACCAAAAAUGCCGUCCCUUCCCAUCUCCGGCAAAAUCAUCCGGCUGGAGCUGGAGAACUUCAAAUCCUACAAGGGCCACCAGAUCAUCGGCCCCUUCUACGAUUUUACGGCCAUAAUUGGGCCCAACGGCGCCGGGAAGUCUAAUUUAAUGGACGCCAUAAGCUUUGUCCUCGGUGUCCGUACCGGUCAGCUGCGUGGGGCUCAGUUGCGGGACCUUAUUUAUGCGUUUGACGACCGUGAGAAGGAGCAGAGGGGACGUAGGGCAUACGUCAUGCUCGUCUACCAGCUUCCCGACGGUUCGGAGAUUGAGUUCACUCGGUCUAUUACUACUGCUGGUGGUAGUGAGUACAGGAUUGGGGACCGCAUCGUCAAUUGGGAUGACUACAAUGCAAAGCUCAAGUCGCUUGGUAUCCUUGUUAAAGCUCGGAAUUUCCUCGUUUUUCAGGGUGACGUGGAGUCCAUUGCUUCUAAGAAUCCUAAGGAACUGACAGCCCUUAUUGAACAAAUCUCUGGCUCUGAAGAACACAAGAGGCAGUAUGAAGAACUGGAAGUACAAAAAGCCGAAGCUGAUGAAAAGGCUGUGCUUGCUCAUCAGAAAAAGAAAACAAUUUCAGCAGAGAAAAAGCAGAAGAAGAUGCAGAAAGAGGAGGCUGAAAAGCAUCUCAAAUUACAAGAGCAACUGAAAUCUUUGAAGCAGGAACAUUUUCUUUGGCAACUGUUAAACAUAGAGAAAGAUAUUGAAAAAGCUAAUGAGGACAUGGAUGCUGAAGACAAUAGCCUGAAAGAAAUUUUGCAUGAAUUGGAUAAUUAUGAAGCUGAAGCAAGGAAAAAGAAUAAAGAACAAGCUGGAUAUAUGAAAGAGAUUCAACAAUGUCAGAGAAGGAUCAAAGAGAAACAAAGUAGGCUCGAUAACCAAUCUGAUCUUGUGAAGUUGAAGGAAGAGAUAGCCCGUAUCACGUCAAAAAUAAAAAGUUCGAGUAAGGAGCUAAGUAAGAAAAAAGAAGAAAAGAGGAGACAUGCUCAGGAGCUUGAGAAACUUGAUAAUGACUUGAAGGAUGUGACUAAGCAACUUGAAGACCUCCGUGAAAAAAGCCAGGGUGCUGGUGGAAAGCUUCAGUUAGUUGAUAGUGAAUUGGAGACAUAUCAUCAGAUUAAAGAGGAGGCCGGGAUGAAAACUGCAAAACUAAACGAUGAGAAAGAGGUUUUAGACAGGCAACAAAACGCUGAUACUGAAACAAAGAAAAAUUUGGAAGAAAAUGUUCAACAGUUGGAAAAUCGAAAGCAGGAACUAGAGUCGCAGGAGAAACAAAUGCAAACCAGACUGAAGAAAAUUCUUGAUUCAGUCGGGAAGCAUAAGGAAGAUCUUACAAAAGUGCGGAAGGAACAACGUGAGAUGAAAGAUAAACUCGUCGAUUCUAGGCGCAAAUAUGAUAUGUUGAAGGCAAAAAUUAAUGAUUUAGAUAAUCAGCUACGGGAAUUGAAGGCUGAUAGAAAUGAAAAUGAGAGAGAUGUCAGGUUGUCUGAGACAGUUAAAACCCUCAAGCGCCUCUUCCCUGGUGUCCGUGGCCGCAUGACUGAACUCUGUAGGACAACACAAAAGAAGUAUAACCUUGCUGUCACUGUUGCUAUGGGUAGAUUCAUGGAUGCGGUAGUAGUGGAGGAUGACCAUACAGGAAAGGAAUGCAUCAAGUAUUUGAAAGAACAGAGGCUGCCCCCACAGACAUUUAUACCUCUUCAGUCAGUGCGUGUGAAGCCAGUAACAGAGAGGUUGCGCACCUUGGGGGGAACUGCAAAACUGGUGUUUGAUGUCAUAGAAUUCGAUCGUGUGCUCGAAAAAGCUGUUGUUUUUGCUGUUGGAAAUACCUUAGUUUGUGAUGAUCUCAAUGAAGCUAAGCGCCUUAGCUGGAGUGGGCAGAGAUUCAAAGUUGUGACUACUGAUGGGAUCUUAUUGACUAAAUCUGGUACAAUGACUGGUGGCACAAGUGGCGGAAUGGAAGCACGUUCACACAAAUGGGAUGACAAGAAAGUUGAAGGUCUUAAAAGGAAAAAAGAAGAUCUGGAGGUCGAAUUGGAAGAGCUUGGUUCAAUAAGGGAAAUGCAGCUUAAGGAAUCCGAAGCGUCUGGAAAAAUUAGUGGCCUUGAAAAGAAGAUUCAGUAUACAGAAAUUGAGAAGAAAAGUAUUGAAGAUAAACUGAACAAAUUAAAGGUGGAGAAGCGAAAUAUUGAGGAUGAAAUUGGCCGUGUCAAGCCUGAAGUUCAAAAGUUGGUAAAUGUUAUCACCACGAGGGCAUCAAAGAUCCUGUCAUUAGAGCAGAGGAUCAAUGAUAUUGUCGACCGAGUCUACAAGAAAUUUAGCGAGUCUGUUGGCGUAAAAAAUAUUCGUGAAUACGAAGAAAGCCAUCUCAAGGCUAUUGAGCAGAUAGCUGCAGAAAGAUUUAACUUGCAUAAGCAGCAAUCGAAGCUCAAAUAUCAGUUGGAGUAUGAAAAAAAACUAGACGUGGGUGCACGUAUUACCAAGCUGGAAUCAACAGUUCUUAACUUGAAAAAAAAUCUGAAAGAAGUUGAAGAAAAGCAGCAUAAAUUGAAAUCAGCAACGGAGACAGCAAAUUCUGAGAUUGGAGAUUUAAAUGAAGAAGUGCAGGAUUGGAAGGCCAAAGCAGAGGAGUGCGAAAAGGAUAUUCAGGUAUGGAAGAAAAAAAUCUCUGCUGCUACAUCAAAUAUCACCAAGCACAAUCGGCAAAUUAAGUCUAAGGAGACUCUGAUAGAGCAGCUUACUCAGCGGAAGCAAGAAAUAGUGGAGAAGUGUGAACUAGAACAGAUAGACCUUCCGACAGUUUCCGACCCUAUGGAGACUGAAUCCUCUUCCCAGGGACCAGUUUUUGAUUUUAGUUCGCUGAAUAGAUCGCUUCAGCAGAAGUCAAAACCGUCUGAAAGGGAUAAGAUUGAAGCAGAAUUCACACAGAAAAUAGCUUCCUUGAUGUCUGAAAUUGCAAGAACUGCCCCAAAUAUGAAGGCACUGGAUCAGUAUGACGCAGUAUUGGAAAAGGAAAAAGCCGCGUCCAAAGAAUGGGAAGCAGCUAGAGAUGAACAGAACAGAGUAACUGCUGAAUACAACAAAGUCAAGCAGAUGAGGCAUGAACUAUUUAUGGAUGCUUUUAAUCACAUCUCCAGUAACAUAAACAAAAUAUACAACGAACUGACAAAGAGCAAUACACAAUCGGUGGGUGGGAUUAGCAGUACCCAUGCAGUGGGUGGAACAGCACAUCUGAACUUGGAAAACCCCGACGAGCCAUAUCUAUAUGGCAUCAAGUACAGUGCCAUGCCACCUACUAAGCGAUAUCGAGAUAUGCCACAGCUAUCUGGUGGUGAAAAAACUGUUGCUGCACUUGCACUGCUCUUCUCUAUCCACAGUUUCAAGCCCUCACCAUUUUUUAUACUGGACGAAGUGGAUGCUGCAUUGGAUAAUUUAAACGUUGCAAAAGUUGCUAGCUUUAUCCAAUCGAAAUCUUGUGGAGGGGCAAGGUUGGAACGGGAUGUUGAAAUGGGGUCCGGGUUCCAGAGCAUUGUGAUAUCUCUCAAGGAUAAUUUCUACGACAAAGCUGAAGCUUUGGUUGGUGUUUAUCGCGAUUCUGACAAAGGGUGCUCGAGGACAUUGACCUUUGACUUGACAAAGUACCGCGAGUCAUGAGAGAGGCUCAAAUCAGGACUAUUGGAAAUGUGUAUGUAUUAGGGAAAUAACUGAGAUUUCAGUAUUAAGUAAAAUGUACAUGAUCAGGAAAUUUGUUAAGAGUGAGUAGCUUAAAUAAUUAACAGGUAGGUGUAUUUGAUUUUAUAAUCUUCCACAAAACCUCGUUAUUAUCGAUCAAUCUAACGGAAAAUAACAGUUUGCAGUUAAAUUUAUCGUCUUGAAUGUCUUUUAAGUUUUUAUUUUUCGACGAC